AUGCUUAAAGUAUUAAAUUUAAAUAAAAUAUUAAAAAAAAAUAAUUCAAAAUUUUUAAGUGUAAUUUCAAAGAAUUAUAGUACAAUUAAAAAUGAUUGUAUGAAAAUUGAUAACAAGUACAUUUAUAAUGUGUAUAAAUUGAAUGAGUCGCCUUAUAAUAAUUUGAAGAUAAUAAAUAAUUAUGAUGAAUAUUUUAAUUUUAUUAUAAAAAAUGAGUAUUUUAAAGAUUAUUCAGAAAUAUCAAAUAAAUCACAUAAUAAAAUUAGAGGAGAAACAGAUAAUAAAUUAGAAGAACAUGUAAGUAAAGAAAUAAAACAACAGAAUAAUACCACACAAAAUGAAUUAGAAAAUAUAGAUGAUGAAACAUAUUCAAAAAAUGUUAUUAUAUCUAAUGACUUACAAGUUCUUUUUUUUGGAAGCUAUGAAAACAAUAUCAGCAUUGUGCUAUUUAAUAAAUUUAAAAGUAUCAUUGAAAAAAAUAAGAAUUUAAAUUUUUUUUUUAUUGACAUUAAUAUAUGUCCUCAAUGUUCAUACAAUUGUCAAAUAAAUUAUGUACCUAGUGUAAUUUUAAUAUAUAAGAAUCAUAUUUUUAGAAAAAAAUUUGAAAUAAAUUAUGAAAAUGUUGUUGAUGAAAAUUAUUUAACUGAGUUUUUAAAUAAAGUACAACAAAACAUAGACUUAUUUCAUUCUUACAACAAUAAAUUUAUUUAUUCUUUAGAAAAGCAAAGCAAUUAUUUAAAUACAAAAUAUAUUGACUUAGAUAAUCAAAAUAUUCAUAAAGAAAAUUGGAAUACUUUUUAA